AUGACUAUCCAAACAUCGAUAUCUUCCUGGGUCACCCUCGCGGUUCUACUCUGUGCAAGCCUCACCCAUGCCCACACCGUUAUCACAUACCCUGGCUACCGAGGAAACAAUCUGCACACCAACGGCACUGUCGCCGACACAAAUGGCCUCGGGGUAGCCUACAACUCCAAGAAUGGCUCCCUCUACUACCCCUACGGCAUGGAGUGGAUCUAUCCAUGCGGCGGAAUGCCCACCUCCACCAACCGCACAAAAUGGCCCGUAAACGGCGGCGCCCUUGCUGUGCAACCGGGCUGGUUCCCGGGCCAUGAGACCGCACUUAUCUAUGUCAAUCUCGGCUUCGGCGAAACUCCAGAGAACAUGAGCCAUCCCGUCGUCUCCCCAUUCCAGAUCACCGGUCCGACCAACAAUCCCUACCCAGGUACUUUCUGUCUCCCUCAGGUGCCGCUACCGGCCAAUAUCAGCGUCAAGGCGGGCGAUUACGCGACUAUUCAGGUCGUGGAGGUGGCUAAGCAUGGCGCGGCUCUGUAUAACUGUGUCGACAUCGUCUUCGCCGAUGACCAUGACCCUGAAAUUCAAGAGGUUACAAGGGACAACUGCUUCAAUUCUACCGAUCUCAGCUUCCAAUAUAUGUAUACCACCUCUGCUAUUGGGACGAGUGGUGGGGCGUUGAUGAAACCGCGUGGUACAAUACUUGCUCUUGUGCCGAUUGUGGUUGCUGUGUUCUUUGGCUUGUUGAUGUAA